AUGGCUAGUCUGUUUACUUCCUUGCAGAUGCAGACAACCUUUCUUCACCCCCUUCACCCCUCUUCCUCUUCGGCUUCUUCUCAAUCAAUGGUCACUCUCUCAUCGACGCUUCUCACAAGGCCCCAAGUCUUCACGCUAUCGUCUACCUCUUCCACUUUCUUCAACCCCUCUAAGCAUCUGAAACCCAUUUCCAUUGUGAUUAGACCCACAAACAAGUGCCAUGGCAAUUCACUCUCUGUACGGAUGUCCUGGGACGGCCCACUCUCCUCAGUCAAGUUGAUCAUACAGGGAAGGAAUUUGGAGUUAUCUGAAGCGGUCAAGAAGCAUGUGGAAGACAAGGUUGGCAAGGCAGUUCAAAAGCAUAGUCACCUAGCCAGGGAAGCUGAUGUUCGGUUGUCUGUUCGAGGUGGAGAGUUUGGAAAAGGCCCAAGGAUUAGGAGAUGCGAGGUGACUUUGUUCACAAAGAAGCAUGGAGUGUUCCGGGCUGAGGAAGAAGCUGAGACACUUUACGCAAGCAUAGAUCUGGCUUCUUCUAUCAUCCAGAGGAAGUUGAGGAAAAUAAAGGAGAAGGACUCAGACCACGGUCGGCACAUGAAAGGUUUUAACAGAUUGAAAGUUAGGGAGCCCGCAACACAAGUAGUGGUGGAAGAGGAAGAGGAAGAGACAGUUCCCCAAGAGGAGGAAGGAGACUUCAUCAAUGACGAGAUUGUCCGUAUGAAAUACUUUGACAUGCCACCUUUGACUGUCGCUGAAGCAGUUGAUCAACUGGAAAAUGUUGAUCAUGACUUCUAUGCUUUCCGAAAUGAAGAAACUGGUGAAAUUAAUAUAAUAUACAAAAGAAAAGAAGGAGGUUAUGGGCUUAUUAUACCCAAAGGAAAUGGUAAAGCUGAGAAAUCGGGGCAUGUGGUCGUAGAACGAGCUAGAGAACAUUCCUUGGCAGAAUAA